AUGUUUACAAGAAACAAGAAGGGCCCUAGCCUGAUGACCACUGUGGCCAUGCCUGUGUUCAGCACCAAGAACGAGACCAAGAACCAGGGUAUUCUCCUAGGGGUAGUGGGCACAGACAUUCCUCUUCAGGAACUCAUGAAGAUCAUCCCUAAACACCUGCUGGGUAUCCACGGUUACGCCUUUGCCAUCACAAACAACGGCUACAUCCUGACCCAUCCGGACCUGAAGCCACUGAUCCAGGCCAUUAAACUCUACCUGACCGGACGCAAGCCACACAUCAAAUAUAAAGGACGUGGUAGUGUGUUUCCAGGACUGAACCACUCCCUCUCUGCCGUAGGUGACAGAGAGCUGAUCCAGGAGGUGUUGUUUGAUGCUGUGGUCACAGCCCCACUGGAGGCCUACUGGACCGGCCUGGCCCUCAACAAGUCCGAGAACUCAGACAAAGGAGUGGAGAUUGCUUACCUAGGCACACGCACUGGCCUCUCUAGAACCAGCCUGUUUGUUGUCCCAGAGCACCUAUCCAAUCAAGACUUCCUGACGGUGGAGGAUAAGGAGGGGGUGUUCAAUGCUGACCACUUCCCUCUGUGGUACAAGAGAGCAGCAGAGCUGGUUCCCGGCACCUUCGUCUACUCGAACCCCUUUGGAGGGAGCACAAACAAUGACCAGUCAAUUGGCCUCAGUUCAGGAAAUGAGAAUAAGAGCGUGGUUUUGGCCAGCACUGCCAUACAACUGCUGGAUGACAGGAAGUCACCUAUUGUUGCUUCCGUUGGGAUUCAGAUGAAGCUGGAUUUCUUUCAGAGGAAGUUCUGGACCGCUAGUAGACAGUGUGCUGCUCUGGAUGGGAAGUGCACCAUUAGCUGUGAUAAUGAGGACAUUAAGUGUUACCUUAUAGACAACAACGGAUUUAUUCUGGUCACAGAGGACUACUCUCAGACGGGGCUGUUCUUUGGAGAGGUGGAGAGUGCUGUUAUGAACAAGCUGCUUCUCAUGGGCUCCUUCAAAAGGAUCACUCUGUAUGACUACCAGGCUCUCUGUAGAGAGUAUGCUGGCAGCAGUGACAGCGCACGCUCUUUAUCACAUCCCUUCUCCAUAGUGAAAUGGCUCCUGACCAAACUUGUCAUUUUCCUGCUGGAGUUCAACCUUUACAGCUGGUGGCAUGUUGAUCUCUCAGUCAAAGCCCAAAGGUCGAGGGGAAAGACCAUGAUGGUGCCAUGUGACACGGAGUACCCUGCCUUCGUCUCUGAGCGUACCAUCAAAGAGACCACGGGAAACAUCGACUGUGAGGGCUGUGCCAGGUACUUGUAACACAGUUCCCUUACCUGUGUAUUAGGCACCAAGAAACUCACUUAACCUGUGUGUUGAUGGUGUAUACACAAUACAGGGUAAUUUCAUGCGUUAGUUCUGGGAUAGACGCC